GGAGACCUGUGUUUGUGAAUCACAACCAAAUUAGCCUAGAGAAGAAGCAAGAUGAAUUGUUCUAGUAUUAUAAGUAAGCACAGGGUGAAGCUAUUAAUUCUGAUCAUAUGGGUGAGUGAGUUCUCAUCUAUUACUGCUGUGGAUGCUAAGAGACAUGUUCGAAUAAUAAACGAAUUGGGUGAAGGUUAUGUACUGACGAUCCAUUGCAAAUCAAGGGAUGAUGAUUUGGGUGUCCAUUACCUUCCCCAUAAUGAGUAUUUUGACUGGCGUUUCAAUGACAACAUUUGGGGAAGUACACUUUUCUUUUGCCACUUUCAAUGGAGAGAUGCAGAUGUGUAUUUUGAUAUUUAUGAUGCAACAAGAGAUCGACUUCGUUGUUCUCUGUGCUGGUGGUCUGCGAGGAUUGAUGCUCUUUAUUCUGUGGACUACAAUACUGGUGCAGCUGAAGCUUGGCUUCAUUGGCAUGGGAUCAGGUAACAAAGACGCCACUCCUCCAAGGAGCUCUCAAGGGCGGGUUGUACCAUUUGCAAAAUCUCCACUCCAUCAAUAAACAACCUCAAAAAGCAGCCCAUAUUGGUGAAACAGUCUCUUCAGAUGCUUGGUAUGCUGGGUUGGGCCAUCCACACUCUCACACUAUUCGCUCUAUUAUUAAUUCUCAGUCAUUGCCUUGUUCUGUUUCAGCACUUAAUAAAUGUCCAGCUUGUUACAUGGGCAAAUCUCAUAAAACAGCCCUUCCUCUAAUAGGCACUAUUAGUCAUGAACCUCUUGAUUUAGUUUUUACAGAUGUAUGGGGUCCUGCAUAUCAAACUUCCAGUACUUCUCAUAAUUAUUUCAUUAUAUUUGUGGA